GCCUAGUGACGACAGACUGGAACGGUACAAAUACUCCCACCCCACAUUUUUGGGUACUUCUUUCUCUCAUCCGACUCAUAACAGUCAACCUGUGAGAGUAUUUAUAACAGAAAACCUAUUCAAUCUUCUUCCUUGAGCCAAUACUCCUAUCUCGAACAUGCGUGAGUGUAUCUCAGUCCACGUAGGUCAGGCUGGUGUACAGAUCGGCAAUGCAUGCUGGGAGCUCUAUUGUCUUGAGCACGGCAUUCAGCCGGAUGGGCAGAUGCCCAGCGACAAGACCAUCGGUAGAGGAGAUGAUUCUUUCAACACAUUCUUCAGUGAGACGGGAGCAGGAAAGCACGUCCCCAGGGCUGUGUUUGUAGAUCUGGAGCCCACCGUCAUCGAUGAGGUACGUACUGGAACUUACCGUCAGCUGUUCCACCCCGAGCAGCUCAUCACAGGAAAGGAAGAUGCUGCUAACAACUACGCUCGUGGUCACUACACCAUCGGCAAAGAGCUCAUUGAUCUUGUUUUAGACAGGAUUCGCAAAUUGGCUGACCAGUGUACAGGCCUUCAGGGGUUCUUGGUCUUCCACAGCUUUGGUGGUGGAACCGGUUCCGGCUUCACCUCUCUGCUGAUGGAGCGUCUGUCUGUUGACUAUGGCAAGAAGUCCAAGCUUGAGUUCUCCAUCUACCCCGCCCCUCAAGUCUCUACUGCUGUGGUAGAGCCCUACAACGCCAUUCUGACCACACACACCACCCUAGAACACUCUGACUGUGCCUUCAUGGUAGACAAUGAGGCCAUUUACGAUAUCUGCCGUAGGAACCUCGACAUCGAGCGUCCUAGUUACACCAACCUCAACAGGUUGAUCAGUCAGAUCGUGUCCUCCAUCACAGCCUCUCUCAGGUUUGAUGGUGCCCUCAAUGUCGAUCUAACUGAGUUCCAGACCAACUUGGUGCCCUACCCUCGUAUCCACUUCCCAUUGGCUACAUAUGCCCCAGUGAUCUCAGCAGAGAAGGCUUACCACGAGCAGCUCACUGUGGCUGAAAUCACCAACGCUUGCUUCGAGCCGGCCAAUCAGAUGGUGAAAUGUGACCCACGUCACGGCAAGUACAUGGCUUGCUGUCUGCUGUACCGUGGUGACGUGGUGCCCAAAGAUGUGAACGCUGCAAUCGCCAAUAUUAAGACCAAGCGCACCAUCCAGUUUGUGGACUGGUGCCCCACUGGUUUCAAAGUGGGUAUCAACUACCAGCCCCCCACUGUUGUACCGGGUGGUGACCUGGCCAAGGUGCAGAGGGCCGUGUGCAUGCUGAGCAACACCACAGCUAUCGCUGAGGCCUGGGCCCGUCUGGAUCAUAAGUUUGAUCUGAUGUAUGCCAAGCGUGCCUUUGUGCACUGGUAUGUGGGUGAGGGUAUGGAGGAGGGAGAGUUCUCAGAGGCCAGAGAGGACAUGGCCGCCCUGGAGAAAGAUUAUGAGGAGGUUGGUGCUGAUAGUGUGGAAGGGGAGGAUGAGGGGGAAGAGUAUUAGGUUUUCUUCUUUUGUUUCUAAAUGUUUCUUGUCCGUCAUUUUUGUAUGUUCUUUACUUUCCUUUGAGUUCUGAACUUCAGUAAAAGGUCAAUUCCACUUAUAUGCUAAUAAAUUAAGCUUGUAAAGUGUCUAGUUGUCAUUACUUUGGUUUUAGGAGAAUUAUCACUAUAAUAUGACUUCUCAAGCCAAACUUUGGCCAACUUGUUCAAGUGUAUUUAAUUGAAACACAUGGCUUUUAUUCAAUUUAUUCAAUGUUUGUUGUUCCCUUAUUGUUUCUAGGCUCACUAGUCUAUCCUAGAAAUAUAAUUUCAUUAACUGUUUAAAAUAGUUAAGCUUGGAAAUGCCCCACAUCACAGUUCAGUUUGGUCUGUUUUGAAGUGUUUCAUGCAGGGGGCAGUGUUGCAGUGUAGAUGUCAGUUCUCAUCCAAUCUCUUGUGUAGGCUGUCUGUUGCUCAUAACAUUAUUUAAUACUUCUGUCUUGGCAAAAGAGCACUACAUCCAAGUGAAUGUUCCAGGGUAAGAGACAUGAAGAGUGACCGGUUCACCACCCUAAUCUAAAAUUGGUCUUGGCAUUCAGACCCUGUCAGGGGAGGAUACGUCAAAGUGGUGGACAGGUGAAGUUUAAAUAUAUUUUCUUUGUUCUCCCUUGUUUGCCGUUCCUUGGAUGUAAGAAGAUACAACGUUGACGGAAGUCAAGUCUCAAGGGUUUGAGCGGUCAGAAGGAAAAACUGCAGAAAAUUCAGAGAUGCACUGUAACAAUGUUAAGUUGUAAUAAAGAGAAAAGUCUAGAAAAUGACAGCUUUGCAGAUUAAAAACAUUUAUUUGAA